AUGGCUUCGCGUUUGGCUAAGAGCACCCUCGGUGCCGCCCGGUUGCGGCCGACCCUUCCCUCGCGCAAUGUCGCUCCCAUCACGGCCACUCUGACCGCGUCCCGUUCGGUCUCCAGCGUCCCUACUGAGGACCCCAAGAAGAAGGCUCAGUCCAUCCUCGAUGCUCUUCCCGGCAACUCCCUGGUCUCCAAGACUGCCACGCUCUCCGCCGCCGCCGGUCUGUCCAUCGCCGCCAUCAGCAACGAGCUCUACGUGAUGAACGAGGAAACCGUUGCUGCGUUCUGCCUGCUCAGCGUCUUCACUGCCGUCUUCAAGUACGGUGGUCCCGCCUACCGUGAGUGGGCUGAGGGCCAGGUGCAGAAGCACAAGGACAUCCUCAACGCUGCCCGUGCCGACCACACCAGCGCCGUCAAGCAGCGUAUGGAGAACGUCAAGGAGCUGUCCGGUGUCGUUGAGCUCACCAAGCAGCUCUUUGCUGUUUCCAAGGAAACCGCCCAGCUGGAGGCCAAGGCCUACGAGCUCGAGCAGCGCACUGCUCUGGCCACCGAGGCCAAGCAGGUCCUCGACUCUUGGGUCCGCUACGAGGGUCAGGUCAAGCAGCGCCAGCAGCGCGAGCUUGCUGACAGCGUCAUCGCCAAGAUCCACAAGGAGCUCGAGAACCCCAAGGUUCUUCAGCAGAUCCUCCAGCAGAGCGUUGCUGAUGUUGAGCGCAUCAUGUCCUCCAAGGCCCAGUAAACGAACUCUGCAUGGAUAGCCUUGCUAUAAGAAUCAUGUACAAAUUAAAGAUCAUUUCUGUUAUCAGUUAGAAAUACCAAGUGCCAUUGGUCUCGAGUCAUGGUAUGCCAGUAAGAGCUUUCGAAU